AUGGGUUUACCGAAACAUGGUUUUGUCUCAUGGUUGGUAGGGGUUUUAUUUCUAUGUACCCUGCUCCUUUGCGUGGCAGAUAUCCACUACUAUGAGUUCUUCGUGCGAGAAUCAAACUUCACAAAGCUCUGCAACACAACGACUUUGCUGGUCGUAAAUGACAGUUAUCCUGGGCCUGAGAUUCGGGUUCGCAGAGGUGACACUGUCUACGUUAAUGUCCACAAUCAAGGAAACUAUGCCUUUACCAUUCACUGGCAUGGUGUGAGACAACCUAGAAAUCCAUGGUCCGAUGGCCCUGAGUACGUAACGCAGUGUCCAAUUGAACCUGGAACAAACUUCACUUAUGAAGUUAUAUUAUCUGACGAAAUAGGAACUCUGUGGUGGCAUGCCCACAGUGAUUGGACUCGUGGCUCCGUCCAGGGUGCCUUUGUCAUUUUACCAGCUGAGAACGAAACUUAUCCAUUUCCCACGCCUGAUGCGGAUCAAACAAUCAUACUUCAAUCAUGGUAUAACGAAGACUACAAGCAAAUCAUCGAUCAAGCACUUGCAACCGGUCUCGCUCCACGCCAACCAGAUGCAUACGCUAUCAAUGGACAUUUAGGAGACACAUAUGGAUGCCCCAACGGUGCGUUCUGGCAUUAA